AUGUCGCUGUCUCUGCUGCUGCUGCUGCUGCUGCUGGGCAGCUCCCAGACAUCUCAUUUUAGUGGAACGGUCAUGACCUUCUACCCAAAAGACCGCAGCCCAGAUGGAAUUAGCACGGUCAUCCUUCGCUAUAAGAUGAACUUCCACCGUGGAGGCGGCGACACGUGGAAGUGCUUCAGCGGGAACUGUGGGAAUCAGAGUUCUUUGACGCUGAACAGAGUGUACCAGGAGAGCAGCGGAGACUGGGUCCAGGACGAGGGAGUCAUGACUCGGCAGGUUCCCGACAGCUCUGCUUUUCAGCUGUGGUUGAGUAACAUCAGAAAUGGCAUCUCAUCAUGGAGAGCCAUGACGCUGGUGGAUCUGAGGAACCGUUCCGACACCAGCAGGUCCAACGCGUCCCCUCAGACCACCAUCCUGCCAAUUGUGAGAGUUCCUUCAAACUGUCAGAGAGAUUUCAACCUGUUGGCGUUUGACCCUGACGGAGACGAGGUCAAAUGCAGAUAUGGAAACGCAAAACUGUUAGAGUGUAACCCCUGCACGCCAGCGUCUGUCCUCCGCCUCUCACCGUCGUGUACUCUGUCAUUCAGCGCCACCAGCAGCAGUGAUGAAGGUCCGUACGCAGUCCAGCUGGCGGAAGCUUCCAGACGAAGAUAA